GUCAAAGGCGCAUUGAUGCUGCGGUCUGCAGAGCUGGGCCAGACACCAACCAGCACCAGGCUCCCCGGACCCCGCUACCUCCCGCUCCGCGCUUCGCAGCCACCGCGCGCCAUGCACCCCCGAGGUCGCGCCGCCUCCCCGCAGCUGCUGCCGGGUCUCUUCCUUUUGCUGCUGCUGCUGCUGCUGCAAUGGCCAGCGAAGUCCAACGCCUCCGAGAACCCCAAGGCGAAGCAAAAAGCGCCCAUCCGGCAGAGGGAGGUGGUAGACCUGUAUAAUGGAAUGUGCCUACAAGGGCCAGCGGGAGUCCCCGGUCGCGAUGGGAGUCCUGGGGCCAAUGGCAUCCCUGGUACACCAGGCAUUCCAGGUCGGGAUGGAUUCAAAGGAGAAAAAGGAGAGUGCCUGAGGGAAAGUUUUGAGGAGUCCUGGACCCCAAACUACAAGCAGUGUUCGUGGAAUUCACUGAAUUACGGCAUAGAUCUUGGGAAAAUUGCGGAGUGUACGUUUACGAAGAUGCGCUCCAACAGCGCCCUGCGAGUCCUGUUCAGCGGUUCCCUGCGGCUGAAAUGCAGAACCGCGUGCUGUCAGCGCUGGUACUUUACGUUUAACGGGGCUGAAUGUUCAGGGCCUCUUCCCAUCGAAGCCAUCAUCUAUCUGGACCAAGGGAGCCCUGAGUUGAAUUCAACCAUUAACAUCCAUCGCACCUCUUCUGUGGAAGGUCUCUGUGAGGGGAUCGGUGCUGGGCUUGUGGAUGUGGCCAUCUGGGUUGGCACUUGUUCUGAUUACCCUAAAGGAGACGCGUCUACGGGGUGGAACUCAGUGUCUCGCAUCAUUAUUGAAGAGCUACCAAAAUAAAUCCUCCGAGGCUUUCAUUCCCUACCUCUUGUAUUUUUAAAACCAAACCUUUGAAUGGUUCAUUUAAGGGACAUUCAAGAAAUCACUUUAUGUACCCAGCUGAACGGAAAUGCAGUUAAAUAUGUUUACAGACCAAAGUGUGAUCUUGCACUUUAAAAUCCCUCGUUAUUCAUUUUGCUUCCAUCAGGAAUGUUUUUAGGACUUUCCCCCCAUUGGUUACCUUUUUCUUGAUUCUGUUCUUUGAACUCAUGUAUUAGAAUGUCAUUAUGAUCUUUAGUCUUUCCUAUUUCCCACUGUCAACAUUUUUAAAAUAUAUAAAAGUUAUGUCAUUGUAUGAGCUGUAAAUGUUUAGAACUGUUUUGUACCUGUUAAAUAAAAUGUUUCAAACA